CCCAUAGUGCAGUCGGCCAAAACAUAAACAAACCCGCUGUCUUCGAAAUGCAGUUAGAUAACAAGCGUUUUGUUGGUAAAAAAUAAGUAAGCAACAGUUAAUAGCCAUGAUAUUAAGGCUUCUUUCGUCGCCCAGCGGUCCCUUGAGCCGAUCGUUCGCAAGUUUGGCGAAUGUACGACCUAGGGCCUGGUGCUCACCUUCCGGCGUUUUGUCCCGUUCCACAAUAUGCCGACCGCAGUCGACGGUACAAAUGCCGGCCAAUCGUGUGUACGAUGUGAAUACCAAAGUGCCGAAGGAUGUGAUGCUGUUCAAGUACGAGAAUCCACGGUUCUUCAAGAUGCUAAACAUUUUCGGCGUGUCCCAGUUCCUGUUCUGGGGCUACCUGUGCCACUUUUCCUACACCACCCUGAAGGAUGCUCCGGUGCAGGACGAUGGGAACGAGAAUCUGCCCUGGUAUAAGCGGAUCAAUCUGGGCGAAAAUAAGUAUCGCAAUGGCAUAGCGAUCAUGUGCUUCUUCAUAGGAUACGGAGUGCUAUUCGCUGCCUGGAUGUUCACACUACGUUCCGUGCGCUAUUUGAUACUGCGAAAAGGCGGUGCUAACGUCAGCGUCGUCACGUACGCACCGUUCGGUACGAACCGCAUCAUGGACGUUCCGCUCAAGUACGUUUCGGCGCAAGAGUCCCGAGAAGCGGCCCGUGUCACGGUACCGGUGAAAAUCAAGAACCGGGCACUGUUUUACAUGCUCGAUAUGCGAGGCGAGUUUACCAACACGAAGCUUUACGAUUAUACUGUCGGUUUAAGCCGUAAGCUGAAGUAGCGAUCGGUAGCGGGCGAGCGAGGUAUGCGAAUAAAAAAAACUGUACACUAGGAUAAAGUACGAUUCUUAAAA